UCGGAGAGGCCGAGGUGAGGGCUGGAGGAAGGCACAAAGGAGUCGCUGGGCGGAGAAGGGAGGGGAGAGGCGAGAGGAGGAGGAAGAAGAGGAGUGGGAGCAAGCAGCGCGCGGUGUCUUCGGCUGCUCAGUCCGAUUGAGACGAGCUAGCGGGCAGGCGCGCCGCCCCCUCCCCCGCCCGGCCUCCCCAACUCGGCGGCCGCGAGCAAAGUUUGCAAAGAGGCGCAGGAGGCGGCAGCCGCGGUGAGGCGGCGGCGGGGAAGGCGCGCGGUCUCCGGACUGGGGGCGGGGGCGGGGGGCCGCCCGGGAGCUGAGUGGGGGGCGGCGGCCAGCAUGCGGCCCCGCAGCGCCCUGCCCCGCCUGCUGCUGCCGCUGCUGCUGCUGCCCGCCGCGGGGCCGGCCCAGUUCCACGGAGAGAAGGGUAUCUCCAUUCCGGACCACGGCUUCUGCCAGCCCAUCUCCAUCCCGCUGUGCACGGACAUCGCCUACAAUCAGACCAUUAUGCCCAACCUUCUGGGCCAUACGAACCAGGAGGACGCGGGCCUGGAGGUGCACCAGUUCUACCCGUUGGUGAAAGUGCAGUGCUCGCCCGAACUGCGCUUUUUCUUGUGCUCCAUGUACGCACCCGUGUGCACGGUGCUGGAGCAGGCCAUCCCGCCGUGCCGCUCCAUUUGCGAGCGCGCACGUCAGGGCUGCGAGGCGCUCAUGAACAAGUUCGGUUUCCAGUGGCCAGAACGUCUGCGCUGCGAGCACUUCCCGCGCCACGGUGCGGAGCAGAUCUGCGUGGGCCAGAACCACUCGGAGGACGGCGCACCGGCGCUACUCACCACUGCGCCGCCACCCGGCCUGCAGCCCGGUGCUGGGGGCACCCCCGGCGGCCCGGGCGGCGGAGGCUCGCCCCCGCGCUACGCCACGCUGGAGCACCCGUUUCACUGCCCGCGCGUGCUCAAGGUGCCGUCCUAUCUCAGCUACAAGUUCCUGGGCGAGCGCGACUGCGCGGCGCCGUGCGAGCCGGCGCGGCCCGACGGCUCCAUGUUCUUCUCACAGGAGGAGACGCGUUUCGCGCGUCUCUGGAUCCUCACCUGGUCGGUGCUGUGCUGCGCCUCCACUUUCUUCACCGUCACUACAUACCUGGUGGACAUGCAGCGCUUCCGCUACCCCGAGCGGCCCAUCAUCUUUCUGUCCGGCUGCUACACGAUGGUGUCCGUGGCUUACAUCGCGGGCUUCGUGCUCCAGGAACGCGUGGUGUGCAACGAGCGCUUCUCCGAGGACGGCUACCGCACGGUGGUUCAGGGCACCAAGAAGGAGGGCUGCACCAUCCUCUUCAUGAUGCUCUACUUCUUCAGCAUGGCCAGCUCCAUCUGGUGGGUCAUCCUGUCGCUCACCUGGUUCCUGGCGGCGGGCAUGAAGUGGGGCCACGAGGCCAUCGAGGCCAACUCGCAGUACUUCCACCUGGCCGCGUGGGCCGUGCCGGCCGUCAAGACGAUCACUAUCCUGGCCAUGGGCCAGAUUGACGGCGACCUGCUGAGCGGCGUGUGCUUCGUGGGCCUCAACAGCCUGGACCCGCUGCGGGGCUUCGUGCUGGCGCCGCUCUUCGUGUACCUGUUCAUUGGCACGUCGUUCCUUCUGGCCGGUUUCGUGUCGCUGUUCCGCAUCCGCACCAUCAUGAAGCACGACGGCACCAAGACGGAGAAGCUGGAGCGGCUCAUGGUGCGCAUCGGCGUCUUUUCGGUGCUCUACACGGUGCCCGCCACCAUCGUCAUCGCCUGCUACUUCUACGAGCAGGCCUUCCGAGAGCACUGGGAGCGCUCGUGGGUGAGCCAGCACUGUAAGAGCCUGGCCAUCCCGUGCCCAGCGCACUACACGCCGCGCAUGUCCCCCGACUUCACCGUCUACAUGAUCAAAUACCUCAUGACGCUCAUCGUGGGCAUCACGUCGGGCUUCUGGAUCUGGUCCGGCAAGACGCUGCACUCGUGGAGGAAGUUCUACACGCGCCUCACCAACAGCCGGCACGGGGAGACCACCGUGUGAGGGGGUGUCUGUCCCCAGACCCCGGACCGCACCGCGCUUUCCCCCGCCCCGGGUGGGGGGGGCUCCUACAGACUCCUUAUUUUAUUUUUUUAAAUAAAGAACAAUCGAAACCAUUUCUUUUUUUAGGUCGCUUUUUAAAAAUAACUCUGCCCAACACCCCCACCAGGUUUGUAAUUAAAACUGUAAAUAGUCUUUGUAAAUUUAAUUAUAUAUUUUCUAUUUAAAAGAAAAAAAAGGGGGGGGGGAAGCGACGGGCCCCAGGGCUGAGGCCUGGGGGGAGGAGGAGUUGAGGGGGUUCUUGCCUUUUUUCAGCGCCCUUUCAAACACCAUGCCCCACUUUGGUUAGGAGUUUUUGGUGAUUUGGCAGGGCUGAACCCGGAGGAGGUGUUGGCUGGUUUGUUACAUGUAACCUCUAAAGCCAAGUUGGUGAGCCUUUUCUCUGACGCUGGGCCUGAGGAAGCUGGUGGAUAUUUUUGAACAAGACUUGGAUUCUUGUUUUAUUUCCCUUCCCCCCUUUCUCUCCGCACUUGUCUUGUCUCCUUCCCUCGACCUUUGUUAGAGCCUUCCCCGCGGAGAUGAAGACGGGGAAAAAAACACCAAACCAACGGGUGGGCUGGUGAGGAGCGGGCGGAGAGCGUAGGCCCACGUUGGCCCACUCGGAAGCCAGGAAGACCUUUCUCCUAACUUUUCUUCUAUUCAGCUCGCCGCCCCCAAGCGCUAGGAGUGGGCCGAAAGUGCUUUGUGAAGUGUUUUGAAAGUAACCUCCCUCCCCCACACACUACCUUGAAUACGGAUCCCGACCCCUUACCGCAUUUUUAGGGGAGUGUUACUAGCUUGCAAAUGUUGGCGUUUGGUGAUGCCCUGUAUCCUUCCCCCGGUUUCCUCCGAAGCUUGCCUCCCAAUCCCACCUCCUCAACCGAGUAUCUUCUCUGGCAUUCAUUCAGGUUAGCAGUUUGUGGGGUGGUUUUGUGUCUUACCUGCGGGUUUUUGUUGUUGUU